AUGACCAAUCUAGCACCUAUCCAACAAAAUCAGUUUGAAUUCCCAUUCGCUAAAAGGUGGUCUUCGCUUGGAAUGAAUUAUGACAAUUGUCCCCACUUCAGUAUAACGCAGUACCGAAAUCUUAUUGAUCACUUGGCGCAAGAAGAUUUCAUUUGGCGGCCGUAUCUUGGUCUAGAAGCAUUUCAUCAAGUUGAACGACAAGAAUCUGCGGUGUGGAGUGCAAAGGUGCCCAUUAUCAACUUCACCACCGUCGAAAUGCACAACAGUGAUCGUGCGAAACUUCAAUUUGGAAUGCUUCAAGAUAUUCCAUGUCCCCCAAAGUGCAUACCCGACAAAUAUCACAACGGUAAAGUCUCCGACCAAUGGGAAUAUAAUCCGUGGACCAAGUAUGCAAAACACGAGUGUCGUGAAUGGAGGCAUCGCAACAACUAUGUUUUGUCCGACAAUGUGUUUCCAUACGAGAUGAAACAAUCUAUACAAUACAUGACUUGGUAUAAGUCUGUAUCAAUUGGUUUCAUUUCACAUCCAAGGUAUCUUAAUGACCCACGCCAACAAGAUUCAUCAUCAAGGCCCCAACAACCAACCCAGCCCUAUUUCCAACCGCCAACCCAACCUCAAUGCCAACCAUCAACCCAAUACUAUUUCCAACCGCCAACCCAACCCCAUUUCCAACCGCCAACCCAACCCCAUUUCCAACCCACUCACACAAUCACAGCCAUAUGA